GCCUGAUGCAUUAAUGAGACUUCGAAAAAUGUCCACACCCAGAAAAUUGUCAACGAAGGCCUUUCAGCGUGCGCACAUCAAUGGCCGUAUCCAUCUCUCCUUUAUUCCAAUCAAAUCAGCUCGAGACAGGCUGGCCGUUCUUCCACUGCCCCUGGCCCACCAGCUUGCCCUUGUUGUCGUAGCGGCAGAAUGUGCCACUCACAAAGCUGCCGGCGUGCCACUCGCCCUCGAACUUCUUGCCGCCCGUCCCGUGGUCGUACUCGAUGCCGUAGCCAUGACGUUGGCCGUCCGCCCACUCUCCCUGGUACCUGCGGGCACAGAAGAGAAAGAUGGACUUAUGUAUGUUGGCGGCGGCAGGAUGGUGUGAUCUCGCUGCUCACCAGACAGUGCAUCCGUCCUCGUAGAACAUUGUGCCCUGGCCCUCUUUCUUGCCCUUGGACCAUGCCCCUUCAUAGGCCUUGUGGUGGGCGAAGGUACGGCCGCCCAGCUCUGGACGAGGACCGUAGUAAUCACCUGGAGAAAGACACACAGGACACACAUGCAUUUCUCUCACGUCUUCUCGAGUCAGAGAAACCGUAUUCGGUGCCGUGUCCGUGUCUCAGCCCAUCAAGAAAGCCUCCCUUGUAUUUGACGUUGCCCUGCAUUGAGAACAGGACAAGGGAAACAGCCGGCUGAUGCAUUGGAAGGAGCGGCAUCCGGGAAUCCGUGUCUCGCUCACGUUGUGGAAGUGUUCGAUGACCUCCUCGCUCUCGUCGAUCUGGUCGUCCUUCCACUGGCACUUGAAGUGAGGGUUGCCGUUCGGAAAAUAGGCGAUGCCGACUCCGUUGCGCAUUCCCUUGCUCCACUGGCCCUCGUACUCUUUCUUGUUGACCAAAUCGCCGUCUCCUUCGUAGUACUUGAUGCCCUUGCCGUGGAACACACCCUCGCGCCACUCUGAGGAACACAAGGAGGAAUCAAAGUCUCUGCAUUCCUGUCGGAUUGAGGUUCUGUUUUCGCACCUCCCUCGUAGCGCUUGGCAUUGGGGGGCACAUCAGGAUUGGAAGUGAUGCCCGCAGACAGGACGCCCCAGCCCUCAGGCACCUGCAGCCACUCACACAGUGCAUCCCUCCCACAACGAAUGAGGGAUGCUCUCUGCUUAAGCUGACCCCUUUGCGAGCGGUGCCCUCGUAUUUGCCGUCCAUGUGCUCCAGGAUGGUCGUCAGCCCGUCGUGUCGCGGCGUGGGGGAGUAGUUCUCGAGGGGCACAAGGCGCUUCAGACGCUCGUUCUCCUUCUGAAGGACGGCAAGCUCAGCGCGGGCGAGGUCGCGCUCGCGGACGGCUUCCAUCUUGAGGCGGGUCUCUUCGAGCAGACGCUCAUGGAGGAGUCCCUUCUCGACGUGCAGGUUGUGCAGCUGGUCUUUGAGUUUGUCGGUUGUCAUGUCGCUGCUGGUGGGGAGCACCAUGGCCUGGUGGUGCGUGUGCAUCGGAGUGGGAGUUCCCGGCUGCAUGGCUGCUCUUCAAACGACGUGAAGGUCCGGGAGUGGCUCAACAAAGCUUGGGGUAGAAUCGGUAUCCAAGGACCGUUGAAUGGCGCUUUGCUAAUGGCGCUUCCGAGUCGUCGGUGAUGGGGGG